ACAUGGAUAGGGUGCGGUCUGCGCGGGGCCCGAGCCCGGAUCUCUUCCAUUUCCCCUCUCACUCGGCCCCGGGCCGCGCCGCAGACGGCAGCAGCUCCCGCUCUGCCCGAGUCGCCUGACCGCCGGGCCGGGGUGCAAACCGCGGGCCCCGGCCAGCCCGCCGGUCCGACCAGCCCAGCCCAGCCCAGCCCCACCGGCCCGCAGUCCCGCCGCCCCCCGCCGCCGCCGCGUUGCCAAAACAAACGGGCCGGCCUAUUUAUUGGCGGCCGGCGGGCUGGGCAGCUCAGAGCCGAGGCGCCGAGGGGGACAGAGCGCCGCCACCAGCCCGGGCCCUGGGCCCCAGUCCCCCACCACCCAGCAGAGCUCCGUCCCGCCCCCGCCGAUGGCGCUCCCGCCCGGAGCCCCUCAGCGCCACUCCAACGCCUGAGCGCCCGGCAGCGCCCCCGCCCGCCCACCCGGCGCCCUCGGCCGCUCCCCCGGGGCUCCCGGCCAUGUCUCCGGCCCGGCUCCGGCCCCGACUCCGGCUCUCGCUGCUACUGCUGCUGCUGCUGCUGGCGCCGGCGGCAUGGGGCUGCGGGCCGGGCCGGGUGGUGGGAAGCCGCCGCCGGCCGCCGCGAAAGCUGGUGCCACUAGCCUACAAGCAGUUCAGCCCCAACGUGCCCGAGAAGACUCUGGGCGCCAGCGGGCGCUACGAAGGCAAGAUCGCGCGGAGCUCCGAGCGCUUCAAGGAGCUCACCCCCAACUACAAUCCCGACAUCAUCUUCAAGGACGAGGAGAACACGGGCGCCGACCGUCUCAUGACCCAGCGCUGCAAGGACCGUCUGAACUCGUUGGCCAUCUCGGUGAUGAACCAGUGGCCAGGCGUGAAGCUGCGGGUGACGGAAGGCUGGGACGAAGACGGCCACCACUCUGAGGAGUCGCUGCACUACGAGGGUCGCGCCGUGGACAUUACCACGUCUGACCGCGACCGGAACAAGUAUGGGCUCCUGGCAAGGCUGGCAGUGGAGGCCGGCUUCGACUGGGUCUACUACGAGUCCAAGGCGCAUGUACACUGCUCGGUCAAGUCCGAACACUCAGCUGCAGCCAAGACUGGCGGCUGUUUCCCAGCAGGAGCCAGGGUUCGCCUGGAAAACGGGGCUCGAGUGGCCCUGUCUGCCUUGCAGCCAGGGGACCGGGUACUGGCCAUGGGGGAGGAUGGGAGCCCAACCUUCAGUGACGUGCUCAUCUUCCUGGAUCGGGAGCCGGCCAUUCAGAGGGCCUUCCGCGUCAUAGAGACCCUGGAUCCGCCCCGGCGCCUGGCGCUUACACCAGCGCACCUGCUCUUCACGGCAGAUAAUCACACAGAACCUGCUACUGGCUUUCGGGCUACCUUUGCCAGUCAGGUGCAACCUGGCCAGUACGUGCUGGUGGCAGGGGUGCCAGGGCUGCAGCCUGCCAGGGUGGCAGCUGUUUCCACUCGAACAGCCCCAGGGGCCUAUGCCCCUCUUACGAAGCACGGGACGCUGGUGGUUGAAGAUGUCGUGGCCUCCUGUUUCGCAGCUGUGGCUGAGCAGCGUCUGGCUCAGCUGGCUUUCUGGCCUCUUCGUCUCUACCAUAGUCUGUCAUGGGGCAGCAGGACCCCAGGAGAGGGUGUACAUUGGUACCCUCAGCUGCUUUACCGCCUGGGGCGCCUCUUGCUGGAUGAAGACAGUUUCCAUCCCUUGGGAAUGACAGGGAUGGGCAGCUGAACAGUGUCCCAUCCCCAUUUGCCCCCAACCCACCAUGCUGGGCGUGAAACCUCCCCCACCUCAAACCCCUCUAUCCCUUAGCCAGGAGGACUCUAGUCCUAGUAGAUGGUGAAGGAGCAUGGGGAGGGGGUUGGAGGAGGGAAAACCGACUUGGUCAUCGGGGAGACAGGUCACACAACACUAAAGUGAGUGGCUCAAGGUUCUCUCCCAACCUGUCACGAAAACAGUGGGUGUGGGUUAAGUUAGGUGUCCGGCUUCUACUCACAGAACAAAAAUAGCUGUCAGGAAGCCUUUUGAGACCUUGGCUUAUUGCUCGCAUCGCUCCCAACCAAUAAGCAACGCCCCUCCCCCCUUCACUGACUCUGAGGCCUCAGGCUUCCAGUCCCGGGUCCUCACCCUUGGGUUAAGGUGCGCCUUCCUUGAUGCUGCUAGAUUUCCCAAGAGCAGGGUGAAGAAGAAGGUAAUAAGUUCCUGGGCAAAUGGAAAGAAAACUCUCGGAAGUUCUUCACUCAGCCACAGGGACUUGAAACUUCUCACCAACACACUCCCGUAGAGCCCCCAAAGACUCUAGUUAUUGGUGGAUAGAGUUCUUUAAAGCAACCGGAACCCUGUGAUCUAGCCAAUAGGAUUGGGGCACCCGAGCCAUUCCCCACGAAAGACCUACGGAACCCAAAGAACGAGAAGAAUAUUUGGGGAGCCCCAGAAAGUGCGUGUGUGCAUGUGUGUGGUGGGGGAGAGCGGCAGAUUCGUCUUUCAGCCCAGCCCGGACUGCGUGGAGGAGGAAGGUUCCCCACAAUGUGAGAUGGGGAUGAGGAGCACCGGCUCCCGGACUAAGCCCAAUUCCUUCCCCAUCUAGGUCUCCCCCCACUACACCCCCUCCUCCAGUCGUGUCCCCCCCCUUCUUAUUUAUUGGCGCGGAGGGGGAGGUCCGUGGGGGCGGUUUUGAAGCAUUUUUGUCUUCUCUCUCUUUUGUAAUAAACGUUAUUUAAGAUGUCACAACAAUGGGGCAGGGUCAUUGUAAUGAGACCAAUAAAUUGA